AUGCCUGUCGGAAACGUGCCCAUCGUGAACAUUGUCCUGGACUGGGUGUUUGACGCCGGACUGACCGACGUGCUCAUCCUCGUUCCGCCCGAGUCCGAGGCUGCGAUCUCUGAGCACCUGCAACUCGAGUACUCGAGCAACAACAAACUGCACAUUACGCUCAAGAACUACACCGACGGCGAAGACGACGAGGACGAGGAGGACAAUGAAAAGAUUGGUACGGCGCGUCUGCUGAAGCAGUUUAGGAGUUACAUCAAGCACCGCGCGCGCCCGGACGCCGUGCUGACUUCCGUUUUCUACGAGCCGACCGAGUCUGUCAAGGACAGCGAGGAAAAGCUGCUCGUUGCUACCGACAAGGAGACCGACGAGCUCCUCCUGAUCGAGCCGCUCGAAACGCUGGAGGAGGACUUUUCCGUGCGAAUGAGCCUGCUCGAGUCCCACCCGUCCCUUUCGCUCAGCACCCGACUGCUGGACGCCCACGUCUACGUUUUCCGCCGCACCGUUCUGGACCUCCUGGCCACGAGAAGGGGAAGGGACCUGAGCUCUGUUCGCGAGCAGUUUGUUCCCUGGCUGGUGAAGGGAGCCUGGCAGGAAGGUCUCGGUCACCGAUGGGCGCCUAGUGAGUGUAGAGCCCUUCUGCGAUCGACCGCUACGUCGUACAAGCAGGCCCGAGCGAUCGAGGAGCUGUCGGCCCCGUCAUCCGUGCUCAGUGACCACACCCCCCUGCCAUCGGGCAUCACUGACGGCGAGGAGCUUGCAGACUUCAAGGCGAACGUCACCCGGGGUGGCAAGUCUGCGCGUCGCCGUCGCGAGCCGAUUCCGUUCACGUGUCGCGUCAUCAUCCACCGUCCCGAGGUGCCCGAGGUCCCGGAGAAGGGCAAGAAGUCGACCGCACCCGAGCCAGAGUACAUUAUCCGCGCCAACUCGCUGCCCGGCUACUGGGAGGUCAACAGGCGGGUUGUUCGCAAUCUCGCUGCUCAGCAUGCCGCCGCCCAGGCUGGCAACUCGAAGGGUGUCCACAGCACGCCGCUCUCUCACCAGCCCCAGCAGCCCAGUGGACCCGCCGACGAAAUCUCGGCGUCGGCUCAAAUCUCUCCCGACUCGCUCGUUGGAGAGGGCUCGCGUGUUGGCGACCGAGCAAGCAUCAAAAAGUGUAUCGUCGGACGGCAUUGCAACAUUGGCCGUGGCGCCAAGCUCACCAACUGUGUUCUCUGGGACUGGGUCACGGUCGAGGAGAACGCGAGGCUCGAGAAUGUCAUUCUCUGCCCUCACGUGCGUAUCGGAGAGAAGGCCAACAUCAAGGACUGCGAGUUUGGCCCUGGGUUCGAGGCCAAGCCGGGAGACACGAUCAAGGGCGAGCGUCUGAUUGCGGGCCAGGAGGCAUAG